AUUCCAAGUUAUUUUGAUUCCAAACUCCUGACGUCAAAAUGACGCCGCAGAACAUGCGUAUGGGGGCGGGACACGACGACGUUUUUCAAACAGGCCAAUCAGCAGCCUCCAUCUUUGCCGGAAGCACGCUUUGCUUGUUUUUUACUCCUAAAGGGGCCGUAUAGCAAGUUCAUGUUAGAUGUAAACGCCUAAUAAAUAGAUCAUUGUUUUUCGCUGACAUUAAAACUGUUUUGUAAUGUUUUGACGCGCAAGUGGUAGACGCGUGUUGCCAAUUAUUAGCAAGUAUUCGCAUUUUUCGAGCCGUAGUCACACACGCGUCGAUUCCGCAUCCGAGCCAGUCCGAGCCAUUUUGCUGCGCACAGGUAAGAUGGCGGCUACGUAGAAGCAGCUGAUCAGUGCGUGUCCCGCAUUUAGUGUACCUUUGCACGUAACACUGCACGAUUAGAUGAGUCUCGGCCUCCGUGGUGUGCUUUCGCCCGAGAAGAAUUUCGGAAGCUGUGAACAUCAUGGAAACCGUGAAAGCGAAGCGCAAGGAUAGCCAAGAAUCUAUGAAGGUUGGAAAGCAGCACGAUGUACUGCAGCAGAUACUGGAAAACAGGAGGAGGCAGGUUGGGCGGGCUGGAGGGCCGUGUGUUGGACGUCUUGAGCCGCACCGGCGCAGGCUACGCGCCGGUCGAUUUUUUUCCUGAUGACGCCGAGCAGGCAAGCUCCAGCGAGGAAGAGGCCGCUGCCGCCCAUGUGCCUCUCCCGACGGCCCCACCCCAAGUAUCCGUGGGCACAGAGCCGGGGACGAGCGGCACUGCACGACCACCACCUCGGCAGCAGCCCCAAAGACCACCUCGGCUGCAGCCCCUAAGACCACCUCGGCAGCAGCAGCUGCUAGAGGAUGCGGCCUGCAGGGCAGCAGAGGAAUGCGCGAGGCAGAGGCAGCUGGCGGAGGCUGCAAACGUGGAGGCUGUCGCCUUCCACCAGAUGCUUCUUGAGCAACACAGACAGCAUCAUCAACAACUGGUGGAGGAGCAGAGGGCCUCUCGCGUGGUGCAGCAGCAGUUGGUGGUGGAGACGAGGGGUUUGCGGGAGGCGACUGCCCUCGUCGCAGCCACCUUACGCCAGCUCGUGGCUGCCCUCGCCCGUGGCCUCCGCGAGCCGCCUCAGCCGUAG